UUUGACGACGUUUUCUGCUUUCUUCGCUUUUUUUCCUCUGAGUUGGCAGUGGAACUACCGGGGUCGAUUUUGGCAGAAGUACCCAGGAGAGUCGGGAGACAGAGUCUCUGUGGACCUGUGCGCUUUUCUCGUCCUCGAUCGUUUUCUCGUCUUCCCUGCUGCGUCGUCAGUCUCUCUCUCUUCUCUCAUCUUUACCUCCGUCUCUUCCUCCCUCCGGCAAUUUCCUCCUUCCGUUCGCUGCGCCUCGUCCAUUUGUUCCGUUCCCGAGGAUCCAGUUUGAGCAGUUGAGUUUUUUCCUCUGUCUUUGCUCGUUUCUUCUCCUCUGCUUCCUGCAAGCUCCUUCUCUUUUCCGCAGCUUCGUUCCGACCAUUUUCCCCUGAAAAUGAGGCCGCUUUUCCUCAUGGGCCACGCUCGUCCCCUCACAUGGGUGACGUUCAACCGCGACGGGGACUUGCUCUUCACCUGCGGAAAGGAUGCUCGUUUGGCCGUCUGGUUCUCAGAGAACGGCGAACGUAUCGGAACUUACGACUGCGGCAAGGGUGUGGUUUGGAACUGCGAUUGCACGCUGGACAGCAAGCGUCUGAUCUGCGCGUCGGCUGACCAAAAAGUGAUGAUUUUCGAUGUCUGCACCGGUGCCAUUAUCCACGAAAUUCCUGAGGGCGGACCUUGCAAGUUCGUGGAGUGGAACCGGAAGCCGGGAGAGCAGAACAAGUUCGUCGUCGUCCACGACGCCUUCGGGUCUCAGUCCACCAAGGCCAUCAAGGUUUGGGAGCUGGAUGGUCCGAACGGAAAGCCGCGACGCCUCUGGUCUCAGGAUGACUACGCGAGUCGAUGCGUCCAAGUUCGCUGGGGUCCCUACGAUCAGACCAUCAUCUCUUGCCACGAAAACGGAGACAUCAUGAUCUGGAAUGCCGAGACUGGCGAGUACAUCAACGAAUUCCGAGGCCACAAACAGUUCAUCACGUGCCUGAGCUUCUCUGAUGACCGUCUUCUCAUGCUCUCGAGCUGCUCCGACGGGUCAGCGAAGCUGUGGGAUACGAUCGACUUCAAGUGCCUCAAGACUUACCAGACAGAUCGCCCUCUGAACGCAUGCGGUAUUUCGCCGCGCUUCAACAAGGCGGGCGAGGAGCGGAAAUGCCACGUCAUGCUCGGAGGUGGCCAGGCUGCGGAGGAUGUCACAACAACGGCAAGUGGAGAAGGAAAGUUCGAGGCGCUCAUCUACCACAUGGUUUACCAGGAGGAACUCGGAAGCUGCAAAGGUCACUUCGGUCCUUUGAACACUCUCUGUUGGAUGCCGGACGGCAACGGCUAUGCGUCUGGAGGAGAAGACGGUUACGUUCGUAUCUACCACUUUGACGAACCAUACUUCACUGACAAAUUCGAGCCGUAGACGAGGGGUGCGCUAGGUUCUGUGUCUCGUCAAACGAAGAGAAGCGUUGACUCGGGAGACGAAGGGAAGGAACGAAUGAAGGAGUCCAUCUCGUUCUUGUUUCGCCUGUUUCGGAAGGCACUUGUCGCGUCGUCACUUGUUGAGAAACUGAAACCCGGCGCCGUCGGCGCGCUUGCGGAUGGCGGUCGCCCCCCGGUCUCGAACACGAGUGUGUGAGAAACGGAGUGGAGAGCGGAACCGCUUUUACUUUACUGUCAGUCUGUUUUCUGUCCUGUGCCUACUA